UCACGCAAAAUAACAAUAUCCUAUGACUAGUAAGUAGAUAAUAACUUAUGCCAAUGAUAUUAGGAUGGAGCGUAUAGAUUUGAGUUUUAGAUCGAUCACAAAAGUUUUGGAAAAAAAUUGUGCAUAUUUUUUAAUUUCAUUUUUUACAAUUUGUAGAUUUGGCUUCGAAAAAUUUAAUAGAUUACAACCCUUUAAUUUUGGCAAAUUAAAUGUUUAACUCAAAUAUUAUUUUUUCGUUAGUUCCAAUUUCAUUUCUAUGAAAUUAUAUAUAUUUAAUCUAUAAAUUAUUUUUGGUUCAGCAAUUGAAUUUUUUUAGUAGUAAAUUCUUACAAAAUAAGGAUAUGUGAUAUAGGCCAAUCCAUAUUCAAAUAAAUUCACAUUUUUAAACCCAAAUUUCUGUAAAAUGAUCGAGCCUAUUAGCAUUUACAGAAAGUUGAGAAUACGUAUAAACAAUGGUUAAAUUCAAUUGGCAGGUUAUUUCAUAACAACAACAUAACUUAAAACAUUAAUAAUUUAGAAUUAUGCUAUUUUGAUAGUACAUAUUUUAAACAAAUAAGUAUAUUUAUUUUUUCUAAAUUUUCUAAAUAUGUUAGAGAAAACUCAUACUAACAGUCACAUUUUAUUUAACAUUAAACUGCAUUAAUUAAUUUCUUAUGUUCACUUGAAAAUACGUUUAGUUUGGGUUUGAGUGUUUAAUCUAUUAUAAAUAUGAGACAAAAAUUUCAUUCUAAAAUACCAGAUACAAACAUUUUAAUAUAUUAUAUUAAUAACAUUUGCCACUUAUUUCGAAAACAUUGGCACAAUGGCUCACAGUUCUUCCCAAACUACUAUCGUAUUCGUUGUUGUUGCUUUGAUUUGUGCGUUCGUUCCCUCAUUCUCUGUUGAAGAAGCUGAAGCAAAAUUACUAUGGGAUACAUGUCUUCUUAAAAUCAGUCCAAAAUGUGCGUUGGAUAUAAUUGGUGUUGUCUUUGAAAAUUUAACCAUCACUGAUGCAUGUUGUCAUGAUCUUGUUCAAGAAGGAAAAAUGUGUCACGAUACUCUUAUCAAAUAUAUUGCUGAGAAACCGCAUUUAGUUGCCCACGAAACAGAGUAUUUGAAGAAAAGUGAUGAUUUGUGGACUCAUUGUGUCUCAAUUUCGCAAACUGCUUAAAAAUUUGUU